CCUCCGUCGCCGCACGAAGCUUGAGGCAAUCCACCCCCCCCCCCCCCCUCCAUCCCUGCGCUCCCCAGCCCGGCUCCAUGGCCAACAGCAACCUCCCCCGCCGAAUCAUCAAGGAGACGCAGCGGCUCCUCAGCGAACCAGCGCCAGGGAUUAGCGCGUCGCCGUCGGAGGAGAACAUGCGGUACUUCAAUGUCAUGAUCCUUGGCCCCGCGCAGUCACCCUAUGAAGGAGGAGUUUUCAAGCUUGAACUAUUCUUGCCUGAGGAAUAUCCCAUGGCUGCUCCAAAAGUUAGAUUUCUCACCAAAAUUUAUCACCCCAACAUUGACAAGCUUGGUAGGAUAUGCCUUGACAUUCUUAAGGACAAAUGGAGUCCAGCUCUUCAGAUACGUACUGUUCUAUUGAGCAUCCAGGCACUGCUGAGCGCACCAAAUCCAGAUGAUCCUCUCUCAGACAACAUUGCAAAACACUGGAAAGCCAACGAAGCUGAAGCUGUCGAGACAGCGAAGGAGUGGACUCGCCUGUAUGCAAGUGGGGCAUGACAACCAAGGGUUAUAUUUGUAAUAACAGUCAUAGUUUGAUCACGAUUGAAUAUCACCUGCUUGAGAGAGCAAAUUGCAAUGUUUGCAAUAGGGGAAAAAAUGAUCGAACCAUAACAGUUCGAAUUAUGCUAUGUACUUGUGGCUCCCUUCAGUGCAGUAAGCAUCAAAGUAGGUGUUGCUUGGUCUGUUUCUA